AUGUUUUCCUACCAUCCCUUUUCUGAAGAAUGCACAAAGGCUUUGAACGAAGUUGUGGCUUACCACCUGCAUACAUCCCAUGUGUAUUUAGCAAUGGUACACAAUUUCAAGUCUGACGAUGAAACUUAUCCUUUUGUCUCAUACUUUGAAACCCUGGCUGAUUCAAGGAGGGAAUAUGCAGAUAAAUUCCUACAACAUCUAUGGACCCGUAACAAAAAGAUCUGCCCUCCAAUAUAUGAGAAGGUCGAUAUGAAGGAAAUAACCACACCUAUAAAAGCCAUUCUACUGGCUCAGAAGAUGGAAGUGACAUUAACCAGCAUCCUGCGAGGCCUAAAGGCUGUUGCACGUCGUGAAUCAGAUCUCUUAACAUUUUUAGCAUCAGUCCUCCGUAAACAAGGAACGAAUGAAGACUUUAUGAAAAGUCAACUUACUCAACUGCAAAAAACUGAAAAGAAAAGAGAAAAGGGACCCCAGACUGAAAAUCCUUCUACCUCAUCAGGUGCAGAAGGGUUUAACCUCAGAAGCAAAAAAAGCAAGUUGGAGCUCACAAAGCCAGAGUGA